AUGGCCUUGGAGUUUUCCACAGUUGCUACUGCCAAUGACUCGAACAACUCUACCUGUGAGCUGUAUGGACACAGAAAAACUGUAACUGUCCUCAUUUCUCUGUUAUACAGCAUUCUGUGCAUUACUGGUAUUCCUGGAAAUAUUUUGGCCUUCUACAUCGUCCUCUACAAUAAGUCAAAGUUAAAUUCAACAAUGAUAUAUCUUAUAAAUCUCACUGCUGCAGAUCUGCUUUUUACACUCUCGCUGCCUGCAAGAAUUGUUUAUUAUAGUUAUGGAUUUUACUGGUCAUUACGUGAGCUGAUGUGCAAAAUUAUUAGCUGUAUUUUUUUUAUGAAUACAUAUGUAAGUAUAGCUUUCAUGUUGUGCAUAAGUGUUGACCGGUAUUUGGCUGUGAUCCAUCCCAUGAAGUCUGUAAAUCUCAGAAGUGUUUCUGUUGUAAAAUCCGUGUGUGCCGGUGUCUGGGUUGUAAUAUUCUUACAAACUGCGUUGACGUUUUUCACUCAAGAAUUAGUAAAAAGAGAGGGCAGUCAUCAAACCUGUAUGGAAUUUUCAAGCUUUGAAAAAUCUGAAUAUUUACCCCUAAUACUUUGUGGAUGUUUAGUUAGCUAUUAUAUUCCUUUCGCUGUUAUAAUUUUCAGCUAUUCUUGUAUCAGUUUGAAACUAUAUCAAAUGAGGAAACAGAAUCUCUCCGGUGGAACGAGCAACAGAGCUCAAAAUUAUAGAUCUCAGAUUGUGGUUCUGGCUGUCCUAGUUGUGUUUCUGGUUUGUUUUACACCUUACCAUAUUGGGCUCACUCAACAUGUGGUCAAAAUGCUGAUAGAAGAGCCAAUUUGCAAGACGAGACAAGAUUUCCAAAGCAAUGAGACUGGCAAACACAUUCCAGAAGAGCUGGAGGAAAUCUGCUUCCAAGGAACUGAAUCAGUAGAAGAACACAAUCCCAAAGGAUUUGUGCAGAACAAGUUAUUUCUAUAG